AUGUAUAAGAUCGGUAACAUCUACUACAUUACGGCCAUCUCGGUCAUUGGAGGUGGAUUGUUUGGCUUCGACAUCUCAUCUAUGUCGGCCAUUUUGGGCACCAACCAGUACAAAUGCUACUUCAAUCAGGGUCCUGUUGGCCCACCAUUUACUGACGACCCAGAGUGCUCCGGCCCAAAAGCAGACGUACAAGGAGGAAUUACUGCUGCCAUGCCAGGUGGCAGUUUCAUUGGUGCUCUAGUUUCGGGCUUCCUCACUGACUGGCUGGGUCGAAAAAGAGCUAUCCAGAUCGGAGCUGUCAUAUGGAUCAUUGGUUCAAUGAUUGUUUGUUCGUCACAGAACAUUGGCCAACUUGUCGUCGGUCGGUUCAUAAACGGUUUGUCCGUCGGCAUCGAGUCAGCUCAAGUUCCUGUCUACGUCGCUGAGCUGGCCCAUCCCAGUAAACGAGGUCGAGUCGUGGGAGCGCAGCAAUGGGCAAUCACUUGGGGCAUUCUAAUAAUGUUCUACAUCUCCUUCGGCUGCUCAUACCUCGAUGGUGCAAAAGCAUUUAGGGUACCGUGGGGACUGCAAGCGCUGCCAGCUGCUUUCCUCCUGAUCGGGUUGUUCUUCUUACCUGAAUCCCCUCGUUGGCUAGCUCGCAAGGAUCGCUGGGAGGACUGCGAGAAAGUCCUUGCACUAGUUCAUGGUCAUGGCGACCCCAAUAGCCCUUUCGUCAAGCGUGAAUUACAAGAGAUCCAAGAGAUGGUCGAGUUUGAGAGACGCAACCAAGAUGUCUCGUACUUUGAGCUCUUCAAGCCGCAUAUGAUCAAUCGAACCCACAUUGGCGUAUUUACUCAGAUAUGGUCACAAUUGACUGGUAUGAAUGUCAUGGGAAACAACAAUCUCGUCGCUUCCUCCAUCCAAUAUGUCAUCAACGUCUUCAUGACCAUUUUCGCCUUGAUUUUCAUCGAUCGCUGGGGUAGAAGGCUUCCAUUAUUGGUCGGAAGUUUCUUCAUGGCGCUCUGGCUCUUCAUCAACGCUGGUCUUAUGGCUUCCUAUGGUCAUCCAGCACCGCCUGGUGGUGUGAACAACGUCCCGGAGGAAAGUUGGCAGAUCUCUGGACCACCGUCCAAGGCUGUCAUUGCUUGCACCUAUCUCUUCGUGGCAUCUUUCGCACCCACCUGGGGACCCGUAUCUUGGAUCUAUCCACCAGAGCUGUUCCCCCUGCGAGUCAGAGGCAAAGCAGUAGCUCUCUGCACUGCUGCAAACUGGAUCAUGAAUUUUGCCUUGAGCUACUUCGUCCCGCCCGCCUUCGUCAACAUUCAAUGGAAAGUCUAUGUCGUGUUCGGCGUUUUCUGUGUUACCAUGUUCAUCCACGUCUUCUUUUGCUUCCCAGAGACGUCCGGAAAGAGUCUUGAAGAAGUGGAAGCGCUGUUCCAGCAGAAGAUUCCGGCCUGGAAGACUAGGGUGCAAUACCAGCAUGUACGUGCUUUAGAGCAGAAUCGCGCCGACGAGAAAGUUGCAGAUAUCGAAGCCAGUCCUGAGAGACAAGUCACAACGGGUGAGAAGCCGAUCUCUUAG